CCAGCCAAUAGUGCAUUUCGGGGGUGGACGUUGGCUAUUUUAGUACGACACUCGCACAGCAUCCAGCCCCACGACUUCGAGCUCAUGAAGCAAUUCAUCGGGGAGCUGCUCCGCGCCCUGGCUGGGCCCCGCGUCCAGAUCGCCGUGGUCCAGUUCUCCUCUGACAUCAACCACGUUUUCACCUUUGCCGACUACGCCGCGAAGGGCCUGGAGGCCGUGGAGCAGGACCUGAUGGUCUUCUCCCAUCUCAAGGGCAACACCCGCACCCCCUCGGCCAUCCUCUUCGCGGUAGAACAAACUUUCGCCCCCAAGAAUGGCGCCCGGCCCCACGCCAAGAAGCUGCUGCUCGUCCUGACCGAUGGGCAGUCCACUGAGGACAGUGAAAUCUUCCACAAGGCCAUCCGGGUGGCCAACAACGCGGGGCUGGUCCGCUACGCCAUCGGGGUGGGCAAUGCGUUCUCCACAGCCGAGGCACACCAGGAGCUGCUCACCAUUGCCUCGCGGGCUGAGAACGUCUUCCAGGUCGGGAGCUUCUCUGCCCUCAGCACCAUCCAGGAGCAGCUUCGUGAGAAGAUCUUUGCUAUCGAAGGGACGGCCCAGGUUUCCAACGCCAGCUCGUUCCAGUUGGAGCUGUCGCAAGGUGGAUUCAGCGCCCUGCUCACCUCGGAGGCCGUUGUGGUGGGGGCAGUGGGGGCCUACGACUGGGCGGGGGGGCUGGAGGAGUGGUCGGGAGACCCCCCUCUCACGGCCUUCAUCAACGAGUCCUCACUGGGGCAGGAGGCCAAGGACUCGUACCUGGGCUAUGCCCUGGCCAUGGCCCGCCGGGGGGGCCGCGUCCUGUAUGUGGCCGGAGCGCCCCGGUUUGGGCAUGUUGGGCGUGUCGGAGUCUUCCAGCGCCGCGGGGGGCAGGUCGGAGACAGUGUCCUGGGGGAGCAGGUGGGUUCCUCCUUUGGGGCUGAGCUCUGCACCCUGGACCUGGAUGGCGACGGCGACACAGACCUGGUUCUGAUUGGGGCCCCCGGCCACCAGCACCGCAGCCGGGGUGGCCUGGUCCGGGUCUGCGCCCUGCAGGAUGGGGUGAGCCCGGGGGCGAUGGGGCCCUGCCUGGAGGAUUUCCUGACGCCGGUGGAGCUGCAGGUGAAUUUCUCGGUCCAAGGGGAGCCGAUCCCUGGCACGCGGGGUCUGACCCCCCUGCUGCUCCCCAGCACCAACACCACCACCCACAUACAGGUUCCCUUUGAGAAGAACUGUGGGCUGGACGAGGUGUGCGUGGCUGACCUGCGUGUCUCCUUCAACUUCUCAGGGUCCCCAGGUCUCAGCCUGAGACUCCAUUUCCCACUUGACCUGACGGUGCAGCUGGAGAACGCGGGCGAAAUGGCUUAUGGGCCGGUGCUGACAAUCCAGUACCCCCCAGGGCUGUCCUUCCGGGGGGGCUCAGUCCUGCAGUCCCACCGGCCGGUCUCUCUGGUUUGCGACGUGCCUCGUGCUCCUGGGCGUCUGUCCGAACUCAACAGCUCCUGCCAGCUCAGCCCCCCGGCCCUGCGGGGGAAAACGAAGGUUUUCCUCCGUCUCUCUUUCCACGUCUCCUCUGUCACCGGCUGGGAGGACGACCCAGCCUCCUUCACUGUCCGAGCUGCCUGUCAGAACGAGAACGGGACCCUGGCGGACAAUGCAGCCACGCUGGAGCUGCCGGUUCUGCGCCCGGUCGGGGUCGUCGUGACGGGGUUGGAGUCGAGCACCUACAUCAGCGUCUCGUCGGAGCGGCCGGAGCGCCGAGCCAUCGCCCACCGCUACCAGGUGCAGAAUUUGGGGCCCCCCACUGUCCCCGUCACUGUGACCUUUGAACUCCCCAUCCGGGCCGAACUCGGCUUCCUCUGGGACGUAUCCGUGAACCUCAGCGGUGGGGAACAAGAGUUCACAUGCACCCCGCCCCUGACGCUCCGAAUGGGGACUGCAGCCCAGACCCCGAAGGAGCCAGUGACACGAGUGGUGUCUAGGCGCGUCUGUCUGCCACCCGGGUCAGUGUCAGGUGGCCCUCUCUGGCCAGCCGGAGAUCACCUGCAGAUUUAAUUCUCCGGGGAGCUGUACAGGCCGGAGGAGGAGCGCUAAGCUGAACGCUCCCGGGCAGGCUCGGCUCCGCACGAACAGCGGCAUGUCAGCAUCGACGAAACCAAAAUACUUCCGAGAUUUCCAGCCAGAGGAAUUCCAGUAUAGCCAUAUCACCACGGAGGUGGAGUUAAUUUCCCAUUUCAACCCUGUCCCGGUGAUUAUCGGCAGCUCCAUUGGGGGCAUCCUGCUUCUCGCCGUAAUGGUCGGGCUCCUGUAUAAGUUCGACUUCUUCAAGCGGAAUCGGCCCAUGACCCCGGAGGAGACCCCAGGAGGAGAGACUGUGUCUGGGGGUCCGCAGGGAAAUGGGGCCCCACCAGAGCCCCCCGCCACGCAGGGAUCCACUGACCCCGAAGGGGUGUCAUGACACUAUGGUGGUGGGGGGAGAGCCUGGGAGCCAGGACUCCUGGGUUCUAUCCCCAUCCGUGGGAGG